AUGAGGAGCAAAGAUAGCAUGUUUAGGUACGCAGAUCGGCUGGACAAGAUGCUGAUGCUGUUCGGGACUCUGGGAAGCAUCGGAGAUGGGUUGCAGUACCCUUUGAUGAUGUUUGUAGUCAGCAAAGUUAUCAAUGAAUAUGGGAGAGAGAAUGGCUCAGUUUCUAUGGACACUGUCAAUAAGUAUGCGCUUAAGCUGCUAUAUGUUGCGAUUCUAGUCGGCCUCUCUGCUUUUGUCGAGGGACUUUGUUGGUCAAGAACUGCCGAAAGACAAACUUCUCGUAUGAGAACAGCAUACCUGAAAUCAGUCCUUAGGCAAGAAGUCAGUUUCUUUGACACACAAGAAGCUGGUUCCUCAACCACAUACAAAGUGGUCACGACCAUAUCUGCCGAUGCCAACUCGAUCCAAGUUGCUAUCUGCGAAAAGAUACCAGAUUGCCUUGCAUACAUGUCGACCUUCGUAUUCUGCCUCCUGUUUGCAUUCAUACUAUCAUGGAAACUCGCUCUAGCAGCCUUUCCCUUCACAAUCUUGUUUAUUGUCCCUGCUCUCGUGUUUGGAAAGCUCAUGAUGGACCUCACAAUGAAGAUGAUCGAAUCAUAUGGAGUUGCAGGUGGGAUUGCAGAACAGGCGAUAUCUUCGAUCAGGACUGUGUACGCUUAUGUGGGAGAGUAUCAGACACUUGAUAAGUUCAGUUCCGCGCUUCAGAAGACAAUGGAGCUCGGGAUAAGGCAAGGUUUUGCGAAAGGACUGAUGCUAGGAAGCAUGGGGAUCAUUUAUGUCGGAUGGGCAUUUCAGGCUUGGGUUGGAACAAUCUUGGUGAGCGAUAAGGGCGAGAAGGGAGGAACUAUCUUUGUGGCUGGAAUCUGUGUUAUCAUGGGAGGAUUGUGUGUGUUGAGCGCACUUCCGAACCUAACUGCCAUCACAGAGGCAAGCACAUCGACUACCCGUAUCUUUGAGAUGAUUGAUCGGACUCCUAGCAUAGAUACAGAAGAUAAGAAGGGAAAGGCUUUAUCAUAUGUUAGGGGAGAAAUCGAAUUCAAGGACAUCUACUUCAAUUACCCAUCAAGACCCGAUACUCCGAUCCUGCAGGGGCUUAACUUCAAGGCUCCAGCUGGCCAGAGUGUGGGCCUCAUUGGGGGCAGUGGUUCAGGCAAGUCUACUAUCAUUGCACUCCUUCAGCGGUUCUAUGAUCCGAUUGAGGGGGAGAUUCUAUUGGAUGGGUACAAAAUUAGAAGGCUUCAGCUCAAGUGGUUGAGAUCACUGAUGGGCUUGGUAAAUCAAGAACCGGUUCUCUUUGCGACGUCGAUAAAGGAGAACAUACUGUUCGGGAAGGAAGGAGCAACAAUGGAGGAAGUUAUGACAGCAGCAAAGGCCGGCAAUGCCCAUGACUUCAUAUCUAAGCUACCCGAUGGAUACGAAACUCAGGUGGGGCAAUUCGGGUUUCAAUUGUCAGGCGGACAAAAGCAGAGGAUCGCCAUUGCUAGAGCUCUGAUCAGGGAACCGAAGAUUCUUCUGCUUGACGAAGCCACAAGUGCCCUGGACAAUCAGUCUGAGAAGAUAGUCCAGGAGGCGAUUGAUAAGGCCUCAGUUGGAAGAACAACGAUCAUCAUUGCUCACCGGCUAUCUACAAUUCGCCGAGCGGACCUUAUCGUGGUCCUCCAAGCAGGAAAAGUUGUUGAGUCGGGGUCGCACAACGAGCUGAUCCACAUCAAUGACGGGGAGGGCGGCGAGUACCUGAGGAUGGUAAAGCUGCAACAGAAUAUGGCAGCAUCCACAAAUGAAGAAACUGUCAAUGCCACCCCGAGCCGCCAAAUCGGAGGAAGAAAUCACCACCACUGGACCAAUCCCGCCCCAAGCCCAGUGAGUGUCAGGUCGAGCAUUCACAGCACUCCUGCACUGAACCCCAUGAGCCCUGGACUCUCCUUCAGCGCACCCUACUCCUAUACAGUUCAGUAUGACCUUGACGAAAGCGAAGAAGAAGACUAUGAGAAAAAAUCAUCUUAUCCUCCACCGUCCCAAUGGCGCCUGCUCAAAAUGAACAGGCCGGAGUGGAUGCAGGGUCUGGUUGGGUGCUUGGCUGCAAUAGGCUCAGGAGCGGUCCAGCCCAUCAAUGCCUACAUUGUGGGGUCCCUAAUCUCAAACUACUUCCGGACCGACAAGUCCGAGAUGAAGUCAAAGUCCCGAGAGUACAGCUUCAUAUUCCUAGGAAUUGCCGCCCUCAACUUCCUCACAAGCCUUGUCCAGCACUACAACUUUGCCGUCAUGGGUGAGAAGCUCACAAGGAGAGUACGGGAAACUCUACUGGAAAGGCUCAUGACUUUUGAGGUAGGGUGGUUCGAUCAAGACGAGAACACAAGUGCUGCAAUCUGUGCAAGGAUUGCCACAGAGGCAAACAUGGUCCGUUCUAUUGUUGGGGAUAGGAUGUCCCUUUUGGUGCAGGCGAUAUUCGGAUCUUGCUUUGCUUAUGCUCUUGGGCUCGUACUGACAUGGCGGUUGACCCUCGUGAUGAUCGCGGUGCAGCCAUUAGUCAUCGGGAGUUUCUAUGCUCGGAGCGUGCUCAUGAAAAGCAUGGCUGGAAAAGCCCAGAAGGCCCAGAAAGAAGGAAGCCAGCUUGCAAGUGAGGCUGCUAUCAACCACCGGACCAUAACUGCCUUCUCGUCUCAGAAACGGAUCCUCGGACUCUUCAAGGCCACCUUGAAUGGCCCACGACAAGAGAGCGUCAAACAGUCAUGGUAUGCUGGAAUCGGGCUGUUCAGCUCCCAAUUCUUUAACACGGCAUCAGUGGCUUUAUCGUAUUGGUAUGGUGGAAAGCUACUGACAGAAGGUUUAAUAACACCGGAGCACCUUUUCCAGUCGUUCCUAAUACUGGUUUUUACUGCAUAUAUUAUUGCUGAUGCUGGGAGCAUGACUAAUGAUUUGUCCAAGGGAAGCAACGCAAUUAGGGCAGUUUUCGCAGUCCUAGACAGAAAACCCGAAAUUGAUCCUGAUAGUACAUGGGGAGUUGAUGUUAAGAAAACCAUCCGGGGCAAUGUAGAGCUGAGAGAUGUCUUCUUCUCGUACCCUGCAAGGCCCGACCAGCUGAUCUUCAAGGGCCUGAGCCUAAAGAUACGAGCAGGAAAGACUGUGGCAUUGGUUGGACCAAGUGGUUCAGGAAAAUCUACCAUCAUUGGGCUGAUUGAGAGAUUCUACGAUCCAAUAAAGGGGUCUGUGCUCAUCGAUGGACAGGACAUAAAGAACUAUAACUUGAGGAUCUUAAGGUUGCACAUCGCUCUGGUCAGUCAAGAGCCAACCCUUUUUGCGGGAACUAUCCGGGAAAACAUCACCUAUGGGAAAGAAGGUGCAAAGGAGUCAGAAAUAAGGAAGGCGGCUGUUCUUGCAAAUGCUCACGAAUUCAUAAGUGGCAUGAAAGACGGAUAUGACACGUACUGCGGAGAGAGGGGGGUCCAGCUAUCAGGAGGCCAGAAGCAGAGGAUCGCACUAGCUCGGGCAAUACUGAAGAACCCAUCCAUCCUCUUACUCGACGAGGCAACAAGUGCACUUGACAGUGUGUCUGAGAGCUUGGUCCAGGAAGCACUGGAGAAGAUGAUGGUGGACAGGACGUGCGUAGUGGUGGCCCACAGGCUCUCGACGAUACAGAAGUCCGAUUCCAUUGCCGUCAUCAAGAAUGGAAAAGUCGCAGAGCAAGGCUCCCACAAUGAGCUGAUCUCGCUGGGACGUGGCGGAACCUACUAUUCAUUAGUCAAAUCUCAAGGCAGCAACUCCCCAUAUCGUUAACAAGCAGAAUGCAGUCCUCUCAUAUUGUAUCAUCUCGUUCUUAUGCGUUAAGAGUUUUUUUUGUAUAAGUGAGUGUUAAGAUUUAGGAACUGAGUUUUUGUGUAUAUACGAAGUCGAACUUGGGCUUCAACUCGGAAAGACGGGGGAGGGCGCACUUGCCCCGUGUUUUCCAGCAAGCACCAGGAAAAAUAAAAUGUAAAGAAAAGCUCAUGGAAGAUGGUGUAAGUUUUUGGUGUUCCAAGUAGCAGUUUCAUUUUCUGGUGAAGUACAGAACAAUAAAAUAAGACAAAGGGGGAAUUUCCUGGUGUUUGCUGGA